CAAACAGCCAUUUUUCUCUCUCUCGUACUCUCUGCAAGCCUCCCAUCGAAACCCUUGAGAAAAUCGACGAAAACGAUCAGACUCAAGCUCUUCUCUUUGGUGAAUCACUAUUUGAUUUGCCUUAACUGAUGGGUUUCAAUUCGGUAUAUCGAUCUUUAAUGGAGAUUUUUCCUCAGGUUGAUGCACGGAUUUUAAGGGCAGUUGCAAUUGAGCAUCCAAAGGAUGCUGAUGAAGCUGUGGGGGUAGUUCUUUCAGAGAUUGUUCCUUCCUUGCCAUCGAAUUUGGCAUGUAAGAACAAGUCGUCCAGAAGUUCACCUGACAAUGGAGGAACAAUCCCUCUGGUCGUCGAUUCUGACAACAAUAUAACUGCUGCAUGUACUGAAUCAGUGUCUACUCUGAACAAGGGUGAUCAAAUGGAUGAGUGCCUAUCCAAGCAGAAAAAUUCCAUUCCUCCUCGGGGAUGCACCAAAUCUCACCGAUGCCGCAAAUGCUGUCCAGUCCCAUAUGAAGCCAAAACUCUGGAUAUUUCGGGCGAAUUGGGGGUUUAUAAAACCACAGUUGCCACUACAGUGGCUGUUGCUCCUGAAAGUAUCCAAUUGAUCGACAAUGGUUGGCAAGAUCUUGAUUCUAAUAGAGCUGGUAAAUUUAACGUGGAUGGUUACGAAUCACACCACCAAGCAGAAUCAAGCUCAAGCGCCAGCUCAGAAAAUCCUGUGCAUAAGCUGGUAGUUUUAAAUCUCGGGGAGCAUUCAGCAAACGCUCAGCAAAUUUCUGGAAGUUCAAAUAUUACCCAGGAGACAUCUAAUGGUUCAUUGACCAGUGAAAAUGGUGAUGCUGAGUUGGGCGGUCCUUUUAGUGCUAUUAUUAACAGAUCUAAUGAAGCAUGCAGCAUUGAUCACCUCGAAGAGAUCAUCGAAGAUGCUAAAAGUAACAAGAAAACCCUGUUCGCUGUGAUGGAGUCUGUUAUGAAUCUGAUGAGGGAAGUUGAAGUUCAAGAGAAGGAUGCAGAAAAAGCAAAGAAGGAAUCUGCUUUGGGAGGUCUCGAUACUCUUAACAAGGUUGAGGAGCUCAAGAAGAUGCUAGAGCACGCGAGGGAGGCAAACGACAUGCAUGCUGGAGAAGUAUAUGGGGAGAAGUCAAUUUUGGCUACUGAAGUGAAGGAGCUUGAGAAUCGAUUGCUCAACUUGUCAGAAGAACGUGACAAAUCUCUUGCUAUUCUCGAUGAGAUGCGUGAAGUGCUUGAAGCAAGACUUGCAGCUGCUCUGGAGAUGAAAAAAGCUGCUGAACAAGAAAAUCAUGAGAAAGAAGAUUAUGCAAAGAAGGCAUUUGCUGAGCAAGAAGCAAUCAUGGAGCAAGUUGUCAAAGAGUCAAAGCUUCUACAGCAGGAGGCUGAGGAAAAUUCCAAGCUGCGUGAAUUUCUUAUGGAUCGUGGUCAGAUCGUUGAUUCUUUACAAGGAGAGAUUUCUGUUAUAUGCCAAGAUGUCCGACUGUUGAAAGAGAAAUUUGAUGAGCGAGUACCACUGAGCCAAUCGAUCUCCUCGAGUCAGACCAGUUGCAGACUGGCUUCCUCUGCAUCAUCACUGGUAAACCUGUUGGAUAAGUCUGGUCCUGAGCCAUCAUCCUACGAGAAACCCAUGAUCCUUGGCAACAAGGAGGACGCAGUGCCGGCAGCCUCCCCAUUGAACAAGGAAGCAGACGAUGACAAAGAGCUUUUGGAGGAUGGUUGGGACAUUUGUUGACAAGCAUCGACCCAGAAGCAAGUCAGUGAGGGCAGUGAGUGUACAUAAGAAGCUCUUUAUAUAUAGUACGCAAUAAGGGAUUUUCUUCACGAUUAAACAAUGGUUUUGUUCUAGAAGUUUAUUUUUCUCUGCCUCCAUAUGGCACAGACUGAUCUUGUGUUUGCUUGUCUAUAUGAUUAUAUAUGAUCUAGUGAGCUUUGGCUGUU